CAUAUGGACAAAUUGGAAAAAGAAAAACAGAGUAGUGAAGGAAUUAAAUUAAAUUUCCCAUACUUGUCAGGGCUCUAUAUAAUCAGACCCAAUUUCCCAAACUAUAUUCUAUAAUCCUCUCUUUCCAAUAUCCCCGUCUUCAAUCAUGGCUUCUCACCAUGUUCCCCUGUAUUUCUUGUGCUUUUCCUUGGUCGCUAUCUUACCAUCCACAUUAUCACAAUCACAAAACUACAUCAUCCACAUGGACCCAUCAGCCAUGCCUAAGGCUUUCUCUGCUCACCAUAAUUGGUAUCUGUCCACUCUAAGCACCAUAUCCGAUGUAAACACCACCAUUGAAAUCUUGUCUUCUUCUAAACUCAUCUAUACUUACACUCAUGUUAUGGAUGGUUUUAGUGCUAGUCUCACCGUUUCUGAGCUUGAGGCCUUGAAAAGCACUCCUGGGUAUGUUUUUUCUAUCAAGGACUUGCCCGUCCAAAAGGACACGACCCACACAUUCCAGUUCCUCGGCCUGAAUACAAAUUCCGGAGUGUGGCCGGUGUCGAAAUACGGCCAGGAUGUCAUUAUUGGGGUUGUGGACACUGGUCUUUGGCCGGAAAGUGAAAGUUACAAUGACGAAGGGAUGAGCGAAGUGCCACCAAGAUGGAAAGGUGAAUGUGAAAGUGGCACCCAAUUCAACUCUUCAUUGUGCAACAAGAAGCUGAUUGGAGCUCGUUACUUCAACAAAGGCUUAGUCGCGCAGCUACCGAAGAAUGUGACCAUAUCUAUGAACUCUACGCGUGACGUCGAGGGACAUGGCACCCACACCUCCUCCACCGCUGCCGGAAACUACGUGAAGGGCGCUUCAUAUUUUGGCUAUGCACCGGGAACUGCUACCGGUGUCGCUCCUCGUUCACAUGUGGCCAUGUACAAGGCUCUAUGGGAAGAAGGAGCUGUUUCGUCUGAUAUAAUUGCUGCAAUUGAUCAAGCAAUUAGUGAUGGAGUUGAUGUGUUGUCCAUGUCAUUGGGACUAAAUGGGCUUCCAUUGUAUAGCGACCCAAUAGCCUUGGCCACAUUUGCUGCAGUAGAGAAAGGUAUAUUUGUGUCCACCUCAGCAGGAAAUAGUGGACCUUUUAUUGAGACACUCCACAAUGGCAUACCUUGGGUGCUAACUGUGGCUGCUGGUACGAUUGAUCGGGAAUUCGGCGCGGUUCUGGGUCUUGGAAAUGGAGUGAAAGUGUCAGGCUCUGCUCUCUAUAUAGGGGAUUAUAAUUCAAGCCCAUAUCCAAUAGUAUUCAUGGAUGAAUGUAAGAACUCUGCUGAGUUGAACAAAGUUGGGGACAAGAUCGUUGUGUGUGAAGACAAGAAUGAGACUCUAAGUGAACAGGUCGAUAAAGUAAUGAAAGCCAAUGUCACAGGUGGUAUUUUCAUAACCAAUUUUACGGACUUGGAAUUCUUGAUCCAAAGCUCAUUUCCUGCAAUAUUCAUGAAAGUAAAAGAUGGCGAAACAAUCAAGGACUACAUCAAGGCAAAUAAAGAAGCAAAAGGGAGCUUGGAAUUUAGAAUUACAAAUCUUGGCACAAAACCUCAACCAAGUGUUACUGACUACAGCUCUAGAGGACCAUCACAAAGCUGUCCAUUUGUGCUAAAGCCUGAUAUCAUGGCUCCUGGUGACAUGGUCUUGGCUGCAUGGCCUUCAAACAUUCCAAUAGACAAUAUCAAUUCAGAACUUCAGUUUAGCCAUUUCAAUUUAUUAUCAGGUACAUCAAUGGCAUGUCCUCACGCAGCCGGAGUUGGGGCGCUUUUGAAGGCAGCACACCCAGAAUGGAGCCCUGCCGCCAUCCGGUCUGCUAUGAUGACUUCUGCUGAUAUUACAGACAACACGCAGAGGCCAAUCAUCGACUCUGGUGACGAUCUCAAGCCCGCAUCUCCUAUUGCCAUGGGAGCCGGUCAAGUCAAUCCAAAUAAAGCACUGGACCCUGGACUUGUAUACGAUGUGGGUGUGGAUGAUUAUGUGAAUCUUCUAUGUGGAUUGGGGUUCACAGCCAAGCAAAUCAAAACCAUCACAAGGUCAUCAACAACCAACUGCUCUGCUCAAUCGUUGGACCUUAAUUACCCUUCAUUCAUUGCAUUUUUUAACAAGAAUGACUCCAAAUCAGACACGACAAUUGUGCAAGAAUUUAAAAGAACAGUCACGAAUGUUGGUGAGGGAAUGUCUACCUACAUUGCUAAGGUCCCAGCCUUGGAGGGUCUUAAGGUCAGUGUCACCCCGGAAAAGCUGGUGUUCAAGGAGAAGAACGAGAAGCAGAGUUACAAACUGAGAAUUGAAGGUCCACAGUUGUUGAAAAAAGUGCAGGUUUUUGGUUUUCUUGGCUGGGAAGAAGUUGGAGGGAAAUAUGUGGUGAAAAGUCCUAUAGUGGCCACAAACAUUGACUCAGAUAUUACUGGUUAGAACUUACAACAAUGAAUAUAACUUAUUUAAUUACCUUCGGUAGUGCUUUCAAGUCAAGUGGCAGUUUAACUGUAUCAAAUAAGGCUAUUUUUAAAUUAAAUUAAAUUUCCCAUA